UUGCACCCUCUCUCCUCCAUUGAAGCGUACUCUGAAUUCUCCAUUGAAGCGGCUUCUGAGCUUUCUUUCCUUUAUUGAAGCGGCUUUUGAGCUUUCUCUCUUCCAUUGAAGCAGCUACUGUGAAGGUUUCGUGCGAAAUAACUUACUUAUAGGGGGCUUAACGCGGGGAAAUGAUGAUUGGUUUGGCUACUGGAAGGCGAGCAAUAUCAACGAUUCCUAGAUUAUGCCAACGAAUUAAACAAACAGAUAAUGAGAUUGUCAAAAUGUUUCUUGUAAAAAAUCCAGUGUCUGAUUCCCAAAGCACGUCACCAAGUCGAAAGAGUUAUGCUCGAGCAUUAGACGAGAGAUUUAUCAGGAUUUUGAAAGUAUUUAAGUGGGGGCCUGAUGCUGAAAAGGCUUUGGAAGUACUGAAGCUAAGGGUGGAUCAUAGAUUGGUAUGUGAAGUUCUUAAAAUAGAUGUUGAUAUAAAUGUCAAGAUUCAGUUCUUUAAGUGGGCAGGGAAAAGGAGGAAUUUUGAGCAUGACUCUACCAGUUACAUGGCUUUGAUCCAUUGUUUGUUUGAAGCUGGAUCAGCUAGUGAACUUUGGAAGACGAUCCAAGACUUUGUUCGAAGCUCAUGUCACUUUAGCCCAUCUGAAUUUUCUGAAGUUCUGAGAGUUUUAGGCCAUGCUAAAAUGCUGAACAAAGCAGUUUCAAUCUUCUAUCAGAUUAAAAGGCACAAGUGUAAACCAACGUCAAGCACUUACAACUCCCUCAUCUUGAUGUUGAUGCAAGGAGGUCAUUAUGAAAAGGUGCAUGAGCUUUAUACUGAGAUGUGUAAUGAUGACAGCUGCUUCCCUGAUACAGUAACAUAUGGUGCUUUGAUACAAGCAUUUGGAAAACUGGGCCGUGACGAUUCUGCUGUGAGGUUGUUUGAUGAGAUGAAGGUUAAUGGAUUAGUUCCCAACGCAAAGAUCUAUACAACAAUAUUGGCCAUUUAUUUCAAGCAGGCCAGGGCUGACAAGGCAUUGGAUCUGGUCAAAGACAUGAAAGAAAAGGGGUGUUCUCUAACUGUUUACACGUAUACUGAAUUGAUUAAGGGACUUGGUAAACUUGGCCGAGUGGAUGAGGCUUAUGAGACCUUUUUAAGUAUGCUAAAAGAAGGAUGCAAGCCAGAUGUUGUCUUAAUUAACAACUUAAUAAAUGUUUUAGGCCGGUCUGGUCUUUUGGCUGAGGCACUUAAGGUGUUUGAAGAUAUGGAAUCUUUGCAGUGCAUACCAAAUGUGGUCACAUAUAACACAGUAAUCAAAUGUUUAUUUGAAGCCAAUGCUCCACUAGCUCAGGCCUCUGCAUUGUUCGACAAAAUGAAGGGAGUUGGGAUUGCUCCUAGCUCUUACACUUACUCCAUUCUGAUUGAUGGAUUUUGCAAGAAGCAUAGAGUUGAGGAGGCUUUGAUGCUUCUUGAAGAAAUGGAUGAGAAGGGUUUUCCUCCUUGCCCAGCAGCAUAUUGCAGUCUGAUUAAUAGCCUUGGAAAAGCAAAACGAUAUGAUGCUGCAAAGGAGCUAUUCCAGGAGCUGAAAGAAACCUCUGGUACCUCAAGUGCUAGAGUUUAUGCCGUGAUGAUUAAACAGUAUGGUAAAAGUGGUUGUCUUGAUGAAGCAAUAGAUCUUUUCAAUGAGAUGAAGAAAGCUGGCUGCAAUCCAAAUGUUUAUGUUUAUAAUGCACUCAUGUCUGCGUUGGCGAGGGCUGGCAUGAUAAAUGAAGCACAAAGGUUGCUUCAGACUAUGGAAGAAAAUAGCUGUGCACCAGAUAUAAACUCACGAAAUAUCAUAUUAAAUGGUGUGGCUCGAACAGGUGGUCCAAAACAAGCAAUAGAAAUGUUUGAGAAGAUGAAGAAUUUACCCAUCAAACCAGAUGCUGUUUCCUACAAUACUAUGCUUAGUUGUCUUAGUCGUGCUGGUAUGUUUGAGGAGUCUGUGAAAUUGAUGAAAGAGAUGAAUAACAAUGGUUUUCAGUAUGACCAAAUAACAUAUUCAUCACUUCUUGAGGCAGUGGGAAAGAUAGAUGAUGAGCCUACACCACCAACUUUUGUACAGUAGUCAGAGCGUAUGGAAUGGAGGACUGAUUUGGUACUUGUUAGGGAUCAGAAAUGCAUACUUGAUAUCCCCAUCAGUAGUACCCCAAAGGAUGAAAUAUCCUGGGCUUUUUCGAAGGAAAGAUGAGUAUUCUGUAAAAUCAGCUUAUAUGCUAAGGAAAAGCUGUAAUUUUGAUGAUUUUCAUCACGCUUGGGUUGAAAUUUGGAGCCUUGAUGUCUCACCUAAGGUCUGGCACUUUCUUUGGAAAUUGUUUACCAACACAAUUCCUACCUGAACUAUUUAUAAGAGCUGCCACCUGAUUGAGGAUUCUUCUUGCACUUGGUGCCAGUCAGAACAAGAAAGUCCAUGGCAUGUACUGUAUGAAUGUAUUUGAGUUAGGAGUCUGUGGGAGGAGACUAAGUGCAAUAUCUUGAUGCGUGAUGGGGAGUUGGGGACUCAAAAUCCUCCUGUGAUGGGGAGGAAUAUUGACACCAAAUUAAAGUAGGGUGGUGCCAUCCUAGCAUGGUGGUUAUGGGCUGAAAGAAAUAAGAAAAUGUUUGACAGGAAAGAAACGCCAAACACCAUCUUACUUAAUCGUGUGUUCAGGUUAAAGGAAGAACAAGGUAAGUAUGCAAAACAAAUUUAUUCCAAGCCUGUGAUGAAGAAACCCUCCCAUCAGAAAACAUGGUCAGCCCCUCCUGUUGGUGUGAUUAAGCUGAACAUUGAUGCAGCCCUGAAUACUGAAGAUUGGGCCAGCCGGCCAGGUUAGGAGUGGUGGCGUGGGACAGUCAAGCAGAGGUUCUGCUUGCUGCUGUGUGCCGCAUUAAAGCCUGGUGGUCCCCUAGUAUAGCUGAAGCUAAAGCCAUAGUAAUGGCGCUCUGUCUUGGUAGAAAAUACGGACUGAAGCACAUAGUGCCAUAGUGGUGGAGUCGAAUUGUGAACUACUUGUGAGCAGAUUGAACAGAGCAGCGAUUUUUAACACGGACCUUGAUGCCAUUCUGGAGGACGUUCUUGUUUUGAGUAAUAAUUUUAAUUCUUAUCGUUUUCUCAUGUUACAAGUGAUGGGAACAGCUGCCCAUCAUCUAGCUGGAGUUAAUCCUUUUGGAGUUGAGCGUGGGAAAAUCACUCUCUCUGGAAAUUGCUUCUUUUGUACUGAUGGACAUGUUUCUCGCUAAUUCCAUAUUUUGGUUACAUAACUAUCAUCUUUUUAAGAACUUAUGAUUCAUACAGAGUAUGUAGUAUUUAUUGUAACACAUUCCUUUAGUCAUAUAC